UGGCGCCAAGACGAUGCUUCUGUUAAUGUUACAAAAUACCGAUAAUGUGAUUGCUUCUUAAAUAAAUAAUAUUUUUGUAAUUUAAGACGCGUUGUAAAAAUAAUGAUAAGAGACUAGUUGUUUACACAAUUGGCUAUAAUUCGUCUCUGUCAUGGGCCGAAUAAACAUGUUAACAUAUUAAAUCACGCCCAAUAUUGGUUUCCAUUUAUCCAUUUUCUUUACGACUACAUACUAAAUUCAAAAAUGACGAACUUUACAUCGCAAGAACAAGUUUUGAACUACCUUAAAACUUUAUGUUAUUCUAAUUAUACGAAAAAUGAAUUUAAUGCUGAAAUUAUGUGCGAAAAAGUUUUUGAUGAUCUUUUUUGCUGGCCGGCUACUAAAGCUGGGGAAGUAGCAGUGUUAAAUUGCUCGGGGGAAUUAUUAAAAUCGUCCAAAGAGGGAAUAGUUACACGUCAAUGUACCGAAAACGGUACUUGGCAUAUACCGCACGGCGUUAAAUCGCCAUAUUCCAACACCACGCAAUGCGGAGAAUUUUUCGUAAAUCUCGGUAUAGUAUCUAUCGAGGACGAUUCGAUUUAUUUACAAUGGUUACCGAUAAUAAAAGAAAUUUCCUAUUGUGGUUAUUCUUUAUCUAUAAUAUCGCUAAUAUUAUCUAUUUAUAUAUUUACAAGUAUAAAGAGGCUACAUUGUUCGAGAAACAAUUUACAUAUAAAUUUAUUUAUAUCGUUUAUAUUAAGGGCGUUUAUGUCAGUUAUAAAGGAUAGUACCUUUAUUAGAGGUUCAGUUUUUCCUUGGGAUGUCACGUACGAUAAAUACGGCAGACCGGAAUUACAAAUCAAUUACAAUUACUCUUGGGUUUGUAAGGCUUUUAUAAGUUUACGUUAUUAUUGCAUCGUAUCGAAUUUUAUGUUUAUGUUAAUGGAAGGUGUGUAUCUGCAUAAUUUGAUGUUUUUGAAAUUUAUUUCCGAUCAACACAGUGUGAUUAAUUAUUGUAUUUUAGGUUGGGGAUUACCGAUUUUCUUUAUAGUUCCUUGGAUAGUCUUUAGGGUUUUGUAUGAGAAUGUGAUGUGUUGGACGAGGAAAGAAAACAUUUAUAUUUCGUUAUUUAUUGAUGUCCCCAUAGGUAUUACAGUUGUGAUAAAUUUUGUACUAUUUCUUGUUAUUGUUAAAGUUUUGUUUAUCAAAUUGAACGACGUGUGUAUUCAGCAAAAAAAAUUCAAAUAUAGGAAAUUACUGAAAGAUACUUUGAUAUUGAUUCCGCUUUUCGGAGUUCCUUACGUAUUUUCCCUAUUAAUGUCGUUUUAUAUUGAAGAUAACGCUGUUUUGGAGAUAUUUUUUUUAUUUUUUGAUCAAUCUUUCGCAGCGUUUCAGGGAUUUUUCGCUUCGAUGGUUUACUGCCUUUUAAACGCCGAAGUACAAACGGAAAUCAAAAGGAAAUACAGUUUAAUAAAAGACAAAAACGACAAGGAAUUUCGAAGAAGUCGAACUAUAUCGAACACCCAACAAAUUUCCUUAAACAUAUUCGACGAUACUCCAGACACAGAACGAAUUUUCACCAAAGAAAAUAAUCAAAUAUGAACAAAAAAAUUGUAAUUUUAUCAAAAUAAAAAAAUCACUUUAACAAA